CUCGUACGGGUCGUCUGUAGGUUGUGUCUACGCGUGUCGGUGAUUAUUAUUGGGGGCUUAUAUUGUGAAUUAAAACUCUGCUGGUGUCAGUUAACGUUUAAGUGGUUGAUUGUCAAUAAAUACCCGGUUAACUGUUACGUGUGUCUAAUGAUCGUGUGUUUAAUUACAAGGAGUGGAUUAUUGUAUGUACUGGUUAACAAAACCUACUGGUUAUAAUCCAACAUAUGCACAUAUGUAUAUUUGCGCAUACGAGAAAGAUAGAGAAGACAUUUUCGCGCCGAUACGACCACCCUAUACUGCUGACUGCUGACUGCUUGCUUGCUGGUUUUAUAUUAAAUAUACCAAAUUGUAUACGACAUAUGUGCAGUAUGUGCACUAUCGAAUUUACUUUUAAACCGGCAAAUAUUACAAUCAUUGUUUAGACAUUAAAAAGUUGUUUUACUGCAUAAUUUAUAAGCUAAUUUAAAAAGUCUUAUAUUCAUAAAUUGUAUGUCAGUGUUAAGAUAAGACACUUAAGUCAGUAUAGCAACGGGAAUUUAGUGGAAAAAUUUAUUCGCUGCUAAGGAGAUCGUCCACGGAUUUAAAAUAAAAAAAUAUAUCAAGAUGUUGCAAUUAUCACCAGCGUACAUGGAGCGGUUCCAGCCAAACUACUCAUAUAUAUUUGAAUUCGAGCGUAAGUUUGAGCAUGAAGAUACACGUGACUGGAUGACAGAUCACUGGAAAAAUUCAGUUUACUUUGGUGCCAUUUACUUGAUUGUAAUUUAUGCCGGGCGUCAGUGGAUGGCCGACAGACCGAAGUAUGAAUUGAGAGGACUCCUUACCGUGUGGAAUAUCGCGUUGGCAAUAUUUUCCAUAAUGGGUGUCGUUAGAACCGUGCCAGAGUUCUACCAUGUGUUAAAAAACUAUGGGUUCUACCACAGUGUCUGUGUGCCCAGUUUUAUGUUUAAUCGAGUAUCUGGUUUCUGGGUAUGGAUGUUUGUGCUGUCAAAAUUACCCGAACUGGGAGACACUUUAUUCAUCGUGCUGAGGAAGCAGCGACUGAUAUUUCUCCACUGGUACCACCAUAUGACCGUGCUGAUGUACGCGUGGUUCUCAUACGCCGAGUACUCUGCGCCAGCACGUUGGUUCGUUGUCGUAAAUUAUACUAUUCACGCAAUGAUGUAUACAUAUUAUGCAUUAAAAUCAAUGCGGUACUCCCCGCCUACGUGGAUCGCUAUGAUGAUAACGGCAUUGCAAAUCGCACAAAUGAUUGUCGGGUUUGCGAUAACUAUUUGGGUUUACCAAAUGUACGUGUCGCAUGGCCAGCGUGAAUGUCAUAUCACUAUGACAAACAUACGCAUAAGUGCUCUAAUAUAUGUAAGUUACUUGGUAUUGUUCGCGAAAUUCUUCCGCGAGGCCUACAUGACUGACAGGAAAAUGUCCAAGAGUAUCUUCAACAAAGCCCAAGACAGUGGACACGUCAAUCAAUCCAGCCACAGUACUUCAAACGGGAAGCUCAAGAGUAAUUAGACGGUUGUAAGAGUAAUUAUUAUUACUGUUGUUAUUAAACACAGAGACAGUGUUACUAUAAAAUGGUUUACUUAGCAAAUCUAGGACCUUAAGUCAAAGGACUACGCAAGAGCCUCCAUUGACAAUGCUAACGUCGGCGAAUUAUUUAAAAUUACAACUUUAUUUUUAUUUUUAAAAAGAAAACGCACUUUAGCUAUUAAAUAUCCAAAUAUAUUUAUAAAUGCACUGAAACACCUCGGCAGUGAUACGAGAGUUAUGUUUUAUGAUCUAGGGCGUCGCUCAAUGUCCCAGCACAAAUUUUAUCAAUUAUUGUCAAGUGAAAUUUAUUAACUAAGUGGUAACUGUGAAAAGCGUAUAAAUAUUUAAAAGAAAAACGAUUAUGGAUUAAGGAUUAUUGAUUGUCUGUUGUGUGUAAAGAAAUAUAUAUAUAUAUAUAUAUAUAUAUAUAUAUAUAUAUAUAUAUAUAUAUAUAUAUAUAUAUAUAUAUAUAUGAGUUAAGUGGACACAGAGACAGGUAUUUAAAAUGUGAUCGUUUCUUAAAACCGGUCUCAGCUUUACUCGUUCUCUUUCUCUAUCAUAAUUGUUCGUGUGCGUAUGCAACUGACUCUCUUUCUCUAUUGAGAGAGUCAUCGACCACUUAUAUUUUCCCUUCGUGUCACGGACUAAACAUUUUUUUAUUAUAUAUAUAUACAUAUAUAUACAGUUUAACCUACUUCCAUGUGCUCGUGAGUGACCUCAAGUAGUCGAAUAAUAACGAAAAAAAGGAAGAAAAAUAAAUAAUAAAAAAAUAUAAAUUAAUUUAAUUGUACAUUGAACGUCAUCAAUAUUUAUAACAGUAAUUUGACAGUCCAAUUGGCUGAUUAAUAUUUGCAUUUAUUAUUUAAAGUUCACGAUCUUAAAUACCAUGAAUUUAUUUAUUUACUUAUUUAUUAUUAUUAUCAUCGCUCUAAUUAAUCUUUUAACGUAAUUUAAUUAUGUCAGUUUACGAGACUUGUAAUUCAAUUAUAUAUCAACAUCAUCACCAGACGGUUAUUCUAUUCUGUUACCAUUUAAAUUAAAUGACAAACGUUAUCUUGUUAGAUUCUUUUUUUUUCUUUUCUUUUCUCUUUUUUUUGGCAACAAUGAUGAUAUUAAAACACGUGUUACAUAAAAGCUAUCUUGUUAUUUUAAGUAGAGAUUAUAACAGAGUAUUUAUAUUGUAUAUGUAACGAUUAUUUUUUGUGUUUACCAAUACUAUUACUCAUUUGGCUUCCAUCAACUUAUGUGUAUAAUAUUACAUACACAGUAUUUAAGUGACUGAAGAGAUAAAACAUCAAAGUUAAGUCAUGUCAGUGGCACAAUUUUUUUCCGAUCAUUUAUAUAUUGUAUUGUAUAAAUUUAAAAAAACAAAUGUCUUCUGUAUUUUAUUCGUAAUAUUAAUUAACAUAACUUGACACUGCGUUAAAUGGAUUUAUUAAAAUUAUUAUAAUUUUUUAAAUCAAUCACUCGCUAUUGACGUACAAAGCACACGAAUUUAAAAACAUCACGGAAAAUAAAUAUUAUUUAUGAGAAAGAGAACGGUAGAAAUUUCUCCAGUGAAAAUAAAUAUUUUUUUUUUUUUAAAUAAAUUUUGUGGAAAAAAAAUUAUACGGAUUCCAUUAUUUGAAAUGUUAUUAAUCAGAGAAGAGAUACUAUAAAUAUAUCAGGUGGAGAUUUGUGAAUUCAUUAUUUCGAUUUAUAUUUUAUUGUGACAGCUAAUUAUCUAAAAGUUAUUUCGGAGUAAUUAUGUUCAAGUAGAGAGAGAAAGAGAGAGAGAGUGAAUGAAAAUUAUGUAAAUUGAAUGGGCUGAAAGUUUAUUAACUAGCGGAGCCUUGAAAAAUAUAUGUUAUUAUUGACAUUUUAAAUAAUUGCAAUAAUAAUAAUAAUUAUUAAUAAUAAUAAAUUUUGUCAUUGUGCUAUUAGCUUAUAAAUAAAUGACCGCCCAAGUCAAGUGUUUCACGCAUUAUAUGUCUGCGAGUCAUUUUAAAUAAAUAUUAAAGUGUUAAGUUGUAAGUAAUGUAUAAGCGUAUAUUUAAAGUGUAUGUAUAUGUAUAUGAAUAUGAAUAUGAGUGAGUUUUAAAAAAAGAGUGCGCAAGAGAACGAGGAAGAUGCUCGUACGCAACUACUGUUUUAAGUAUAAUUUUUUAUCGCUGUCAAUACUGCAAUUAGUUUGUAAUAAGGGUAUGUAAUUGUAAUUACAGAUAAAAUUUUGAAAUUUUAAUUAAAAAUUUAAUUAGUGCGCUGUAAAAAAUUGGGAGUGAUUACGGAUUUUAUUUAAAUCCGAAUUCACUCCGUCACUUGGAGUUCCGGAGUUUAAAAAAAAAUCACUCUGCAUAUGGAGUAAAUAAGGAGUUUGUUUUUUUUUAACUGAUUGCUGAGUAAUCUGGAGUUUAAUUAAAUCCACAUUCACUCCGAUUUGGAGUUUUACUGUUGAAAUAAACUUUCUUUUGAAGUGAAUUUUACUCCGAAGGGGUCGAAUAAAUAAAUAUCUGCUUUGCAUUCACUCCGGAUUUACUCCGGUAAUUUUUUCCAGCGUAUGAGGGCUUACGGUCAGUAACUUAGAAGUAACAUGUUUUAAAUAAAAUAAAAUUUAUCAGAUUUAUUGAGGAUAAUUAAAUAAAAUAAAAUAAAUUAUUAAUAAAAUUUAGAGGCUGAUUUUAUGAGAUGGGGGCUAAAAAAAAGUUGAGCAAAUAAAAUGUCUAUUGUCUGAAUAAUUAUUGCGCAGUUUGAAUACGAUGUACUGCUUGUUCUCUUACAUAUUCGUCCAUGAAUUGAAUAGCUUUUUUGGAUUGCGUGAUUGCAUUAAAAACAAAAAUAAAAAAAAGUAGAGAGCUAAUUAAAUUUGUAGAAGCAUUAGAUCUAAAGCGCGCAGGACGCGCCGCGACAAUUAAUCGAUAUGUAUUUGUGUUGGCAAAAUUUUUAAAUUUAUUUUCUGGUAGUAUAAGUGUACUGUGCUUGCGAUUGUUAUUACUACCGCUGCUAUUUAUAUUAUUAAAAUUUAUUUAUUUGGCUCUUCAGUCUCCUGUCUCAGAAAAAUAAUUCGGCAGCUCAGAGUCACUGGGGCUUUAUUUUUUUAUUGUAAAAAAAAAGUACUAGCCUUCGUGAUUGAAUCUCAUUUUUGCGAGCUAAAUUAUUGCUGGUAACAAAGCCCGUAGUUACACAAUGUUUCGUUAUUAUAAAAAUUAUUGGUAUUAUGUAUUUUAGAAAUAAUUGUAUCAACAUGUUGGGGUAAAUUAAUAAAAAAAGUCUCCCGUAGAGAGACAUAAUUUUUAUCUCUUAAGUAUGACCAUACGCAUCUGGAAUGUGUCUUAAUUUUUGUAAUUUAAAUCUAAAAUUGUACGAAAAAAAUAAUUGCUAGUAAAAAAAAAAAAACAAAAAAAAAAUUGAGCUUUAAUAUAUCAUCUAAAACAUCACAAUUGGAACUUUUAUUUGCACUCUUGUAUUAUUUAAAUGCGAAAAAUAAAAAAAGCAAACGUUAUUCA